CCAAAGUUGAAGGCCGCCCUCUAUGUUUAUUUUGCGACAAGGCGUGACGCUAUCUCGACCUUUAGCUCAACAUGGCGUCUGUUUAGAUUUUCUGACUGAACUGGUCGAAAGGUUAUCGGCUUAUUUCUCCAAAGUGACAUCGAAACGAUGGUACUGUGACAUCAUGAGGAUAAGCACUGUUAAAAGGUAUCCUGGAUGUGAGUCUGCUGCAACAAGACGGGAUGAUAUUCCUUGAAACUGUGUGGCUAGGGCUGUGCAAGUGCUGAGAGAAUUGGGCUUGCUGGCUACAGGAGCUUGUCGAAGGGAGUGAAAUGGCAGCCGCUGUCAAACUGAGAUCGACAAGCGAGGCCUCCGACAAGUCUGAGUCGCAGCCCACGUGGCCUGGUCCCCGCAAAGUCACCCUCCAGCGUAAUGCAACGGGGUUUGGAUUCACCUUGCGACACUUCAUCGUCUACCCACCCGAGUCGGCUGUGGCAGAGCUGAGCAGACAGGAAGGAGUAGCCAGCGGAGAUGACCGCAACAAGAAGCGGGCUAAGAUCACGGCCCUGGAGCCGAUGGACACAAUCUUUGUGAAGCAUGUCAAACCAGAGGGGGCUGCCGAGCGCGCUGGGCUGUCCACGGGUGAUCGUAUCGUCUCAGUCAACGGGGAGAGUGUGACAGGAAAGAGUUACUCACAGGUGGUGGGCCUGAUCCAGUCAAGUGAUUUGUAUCUCAAACUUCUUGUUGUACCACGUGAAGAGGACAUACUUCAGGUAGCCUAUCCGACAUCAGCCUACAAGACAUCGGACAAUUUGCCAGCCUCUCAACCACCAAAGCCAGAACCAGACUCCCACUUUGGUGGCAGAAGCGGGAUAAAUGAUGCACCGUCUUCCAGUGAAGCUUCAUAUCCAUCCCCUAUUCUUCCAGCAGAUAAGACAGAAGAGGGCCAUGACACAGUGAUUUUGCGCCAGGAGCCAGACCUUCUCAGCCACCAGACUCGACACAAAACAGAAAUGGUUUUGUCUGUUGGCUCCAAGCCGAUCAAGACUUCAACACCGGUCUAUGACAACUGGUCUUCCUCAAGAGAAGCUCUUGACUCCAAAAGCCGGAGCACCCCAACAACCGGUGGUUCUUUGGAUGCAGGACGAACAGGUUUUUCAGGCCAAACAAAACAGCCAGUAGACUCGAGGUUUGGAUAUAUCCACUCUAGACCUGCAAGUGGAAUCUCUGUAGCUUCCAGUACCUCAUCUGCCGAUAGCAGUGCCUCCGGGCAGAAAACUGGACGGACUUUCAAGAUAACAAGUAUCUUUGGCUCACACAGUCGGCAGUCACAGAGAACGGAUAAUGUGACACACAGGGCACCGGGCAGGAAUGAACUGCAGCAUAGACCUAGUAGCAAAUUGGAGAGAAACAACGUGGAUAGUUCUGCUGCGACCUCACUGAGUGUCUCGCAUCAGAAGGCAGCCUCAGUUGAUUACGGACCAGUGGUGAGGCUUCGGACUGGGACAGGACCAAACGAUUACAUAACCCUCACAGGACAGAGGCGAGGGGAUCCAAGCAGUAAUAAGCCCACCACCAGGCAGAGCAGCAGCAUGGACAAUUUGGCCUAUAAUACAGACAGUCGAGACGUGAGAAGCAGCAACGGGGGACAGGUGUCGUCAUCAUACGACAACUUGCAUCUGUCGGGGGCCAACGGCACCGAGUGGGAAGUGCGGUCUGGCGAGCAAGCGAGGAUCGCGUCAACUGGUCCCAGGCUCGGCAGUGACAGCCAGGUGAAUUGGCAAGACACUGUCACCCGGCGCUACCACCGUACAAAACAAAUGGAAACUUCCACGGCCGCUGUGACAACCAUCGACCUCAAUGCCAGGGGUGCCGUCGAGGAACAGGGCUACAAGGAAGUCGCAGCAGACCCCAACAUGCGGGACCUCUUCAUGAGACAAGCGCGGCACCAGCGAGACCGGAGGGGCUACGAGAAGAAGGAGGCUUCACUCUCCAGCUCCAAAUCGGCAGACAGCAUUCGAUACAUCGACGGAAGGCCAAUGCGCAGCAACACUGUGUCUGCAGCCGACACCCGACCCCCCAUCUCCCCCACUGAGAGGAGGUACUCGCAGUUCCCGGACAAAAGCACUGGCUACCCAGUUGGUCAGGCCGGGCCACGGGAUUUGUACAUCUCAGAAGCCGGGCAGCACUGUGCCAGCAGCCAGGAACAGCUUAUUCAAGAUAGCCGGGGCUAUCACGACAGGCAAGCCCCAUUGAAUGAGGCGAAAUACAGGGCUUUGCCGGUCAGCACGGUGAAAAUUGUUGACUUGGAAGGCAACGUCAAAACAACAAAAGUGGCCGACCUGGCUGAGGACACAGCUUCACCAUCCACCAGCAACAUGAACACCGAGGAGGAGCCAGUCUCACCUACUAGAGUCCAGGACCGGAUCAGCUACUGGCACAAGAAGUCGAUCCAGGGUUCCUCAGCUGACCAGAUGGACGGACUUUCAUGGCGUAGAGGGUCCAGCAGGUCAAACCAACCUGACCGCCCUGAUCCUAGCCUUGCACCAAGGUACCGGGCCAAUGCGCACGUGCCCUUGCCCGGUGGGGGGCGGGAACGUGAGAAGCCCCCCGUGCCCAAGCGGGAGAGCAGCCGGGGCCGGGUGCGUGAGCGUAACAUGGAGCGUGAGCGGCAGCACGAGCGGCGGAUGUAUGAGCGCCACCGCAGCAAGAGCUACGACCGCUCGGCCCAGCAGCGCUCGGCUGCCUGGUUCCGGCCGGCCCGCCGGCAGACCACGGACGACAUGUCAGUGGACAGCUUGACAAGUGAUGGUGCCAUCUCGUUGGCCAGUAGCCGUAAGGAAUCCACGGCCAGCAGCAUCAGCGAUGGAUGCAGCCUGGACGAUGAAUACCCACCAGUGCUGUCGUUGGUGGUUCGUCGUCCGCGAGCAUGCUCAGAAGCAGGUGUCCGUGCCAAUCGUAGAGGAAUGCACGAACUGCAGCUACAAAACAUUUCCUUCAGGCGCCACCUGUCGAUCGAUGAAGGGUCCAGGCAGCGUCUCGUAAGGAGGACUUCCUACCUGCGUGCCACGCUCAGCGAUGAGGAGGAAGAAGGGCCCAAGGAUGCUUCGUCGGUGGCCGAUACCACCAGCCUGUCCUCCAUGUCUGCCCACGGAGGCGAGGGCAGUAGUCCCGUAGUACUUCGCAGGAAUGCCACACCCAGGCGCAACCCCAGCAUCAACAAAUUGAAGCAAAUCUUCGGGGAGGGCACUCCCAUUAUUGUGGAUGCCAUCCACAAGCCGGGCACGACUGCUGCCGCCACAGGCACCGGUAGUGGCAACGAUGGCCAGGCGGUGGGGCCAACCGAGGGCGGGCAAGACCCCGAAGUCACCAAGGAGGGUCCAGCCAGCAUAAAGGUGGAGGUCAAAGAAUGGAAGCGUGCCAGCGACCGUUCCUGGAAGCCCGUCUGGAUGGUGCUCAAGAACAAGACAAUGUACCUGCUGAAGGAGAGGCGGGACACCGGCACCAGCCCCUCGAGCGCAGAGGACAACCCCAUCAGCAUCAAGGCCUCCAUGGUGGACAUCGCCUACGACUACACCAAGAAGAAGAACGUCUUCCGUCUGAGCACCAGCACGGGCUCCGAGUACCUCAUCCAGGUCAGCGACACUGAAACAAUGCUGGCUUGGAUCACAGCCAUCCAGGCAAACUUGACGCCUGGCGGCGAUGACAUAGUGAGCGCUGACAUCAUCAUGCGCAAGACACAGCACCACCACGACGCUGGCGCAACUGCCCACUCAGCGACUUCCAAGAAUGUCCUGUCCCCACCGAACAGCCGCAAGAAGGCCAACAGCCGAAGCCCAUCACCGGCCUUGCAGCCCCAGCCCACCAAGAAGCAGUCCACGGGCCUGGCGGGCAAGAUGAGGCACAAGAUGAAGAAAAAAGGGGGCGGAGGUAGUGCUACCGUGUGGGGGCAGCCCACAGCCGAGGAGCUGAAGAGCUUGACGUUUGGCGUGCCAUUGGAGAAGUGCACCUCGUCAGAUACCAAUGAGUUUGUUCCCAUGUUUGUGGACAUCUGCUGCGGCAUUGUGGAAGAGCUAGGCAUGGACACCGUGGGGAUCUACCGGGUACCAGGCAAUACGGCUGGUGUAUCAUACUUGCAGGAGGUGCUGAAGUCUGGGCCUGAGGAGGCUGACUUCACUGACAGCAGGUGGCGUGAUGUCAAUGUGAUCAGCAGCCUCCUCAAAAUGUUCUUCCGCAAGCUUCCCGACCCGUUGGUCCCCCGGGACCAGUACCGCGACUUCAUCGCUGCCAACCGCUGCAAGGAGCCCGCCGAGCGCAUGUGGGCACUGCGUCGCCAGAUCCACAACCUGCCCGACCACCAUUACGAGACAUUUAAGUGUCUGGCCGGCCACCUGCGGCUGGUCUCCCAGAACUAUGAAGUCAACAAGAUGGAGGUCCGCAAUCUCGCCAUCGUCUUUGGGCCUACCCUGAUCCGCUCGGGCGACAACAGCAUGGUCACCAUGGUGACAGACAUGUCGGACCAAUGCUGCAUUGUGGAGAGCAUCAUCCAGCAUUGCGAAUGGUUCUUUAGUGACGACGUGGAGAGCCAGCAGGCCGUGCCUAGUGACGCCCUGCCAGAGGCUGAGCUGAUGUCCUCGGAUGCCAGCGAGCUACUGUCCAAGGCCCGGAAGGACGAUCAGUCAGGUGAGUCUGGCAGUGAUUCCUCUAAAGGCAAAGAAAUCAAUGCAAUGGAACUCAUGUCGUCGGUCAUCUCGGCUGCUAAUCGCAAACUCAAGGGCCGAUCUACCAAGAAGUCACUGCCUAGCCCAGAGGAGAGUGAUGGGGCGGAGUAUGGGUUUCCCAGCAAGGGCGUGGAUACUGAGGUCAAAGUGCGUGCCAUCAAGAACCAGACUUCAGACAAGGUAGGCGAGAAUGAAGACCCACCAAAUGUAGCGGGCACCAAACAGAGGAGCACGGUGAAGGUCACACUGCGGCACGAUGCGCACUACUCUGUGAAGACCAACUUGGAGGCAGGAGCGAGCUUGUAUGGCCCUGAGUCUAUGGCAAACUUGCCAACGUACGCAUCAGCACGGCAGCAAUUGCAGCCACCCAGGGGGCUCUAUGGUCAGUAUGGCUCCCGGGGACGAUCGCCAUCCGGGUCCUCAGACAACAGCAACAAGGCAUCAGCACCACCCCAAGGGGCCGGCAGCCGGGCUCCAAGGACACAGGGAUCCAAUCGAAAGGCAGCCCUGGCACCAGACCGGGACUGGAAGUCAGAAUUUGCCAAGGAGAGGGAGCGGAUAGAGCGGGAGCAUCAGAAGGCUGUGCGCGACUAUGAGAAGGAGGAUGCAAUGAAUGUGGAAGAGCUGUACCGACCGCGGGACUACCUGCAUGAGAUAUCUGCUGUGUCAAACAAGAUUGCCGAUUUUGCAUCUCAAGGGCAGCGACAAGACAAGCCCAGUGGCAGUGACAGGCGGCCAGGCCAGUCCCUGGACACAGACUCCCUCAUGUCAGAUUUCUCGACAGCCUCCUCCAACAACAACAACACAACCCUCCACUCUGCCCGGUCAGACCCAUUGUUCAGCACAAGACUGGAAAUCAGAGAGUCGGCGUCAGAAAGUGAGAGCGAUUUUGUCCAAGCAAUGAAGGCGACGUUUGACGAACGCUUGCAGAAAGUGGUGCAUCAGGAAAGUGAGGAUGACAAAUUGUCAGACAAGAGCUCAGCAUCCUCCAAAGCAACCCACAAUGAUCGGCGGACAGUUGAUGGUGUGUACGUAGCCACGCCUUACCAAAGGUCAGAAGAGAAGGACGCCUUUCGUGUCCGGACCAGUAGUGGGACAUACAUGCGAAAUUUGAAACAGAUAUCAAGCAGAACACCAACAGGGGGCGCCUCAAGUGGAGCACAGCCCGUCUCCUUGACGUCCCGGUUCAACGAACUUUCCGUUGCUCCUAAGAGUGAGGAUUUGGUAAAAAAGUCGUCCUCCACUCCCGCUUCAACAACCUCGUCACCGACUCGCGGGACCCGGACGCCACGCAAGACGAGCCGCAUCGAGGUGACGCUGACCCUAGAGAAGAAGGGCCCCACACCAAGCAAACAAUUGCCAGCCAGUUUGACACCAUCCUCGGAACCGCCCCCGCGGGCUGAGCCAAAGGCUGUACAGGAACCAACCCCCAAGCGGAAACAGCGCCCUCAAGCCCUUGCCGCCACCUCGAAGGACACCCUGUCGAUCAAGGAGCAGCAUCGCGAGAACCGACGUCGUAGGCACACGGUCGGUGGGGGCAGGGACGCACCAGAGUACCGAAAAAUCCUGGAGUACAACCUGAACAAAGCGAACGAACCUCCCCGCAAGCCCAGUGCCUUCGACCGGCUCCGGCCUUUCGGGAAGCCCUCCAAGGAUUCGCAGCCACAGAGCAUGAAGUCCUGGAUGGAUAGCGAGCGGGUGCGCACCAACAGCAGCCCCAACCUCCUGGCCUCGGUCGCCAUGUCUACACCCCCAGCGAACGCCCCGCUGAGCAAACCGAAGAGCACGUCAAACCUGGAUGGUACCAAGUUAAGCCUGCCCACCCGGAAAGACAGCCACCCUCAGAAAUUCAGCUAUGUCUAAAACAGCGACAAACAAAAUGUCCAUGAGAAACAUUUUCGUUGUUCCCAUGCACAGUUGAUUGAGGGCCUUUGCAUAUGAGAACAAAGCCUUUAAGUAUGCAAGCUGUCUCAGUUACAGCCUAUUCCAGCCGAGAAUGCUAUGCAGGCACUUUGUUUCCUUUUACAGUAAUGAGCCAAUUUCUAGAAAACAGCAUACCAGAACAGAAACUUUCUCAGAAUUGGAAGGCACACAUUCACAGGACUCAAAUGAAUGAUCCUUCUGUUGGCGUCUCAGCCAAGAGAGCUGAAGUUUGCGUGGAUUUGCCGCUUUCUCACAACUUCCUCAUUAUCACUUUGAUACCCAUAUCUCUUUUGGAGCAUUUGGUUUUUGCCUCAGUAAAUAAAUGAGAUAUAACACUGGUAUGAAAGUUGGAAGCGAGGCAAAAAAAAUGCGAGAAACUUGUAAAUAGUUGAAAGAAAUUUAUACUCGUCAACUUAGUGGUAUCGGAAAGUAUUUUAUCUGUAACAUAAAUCACAUGAAAGCAUGUACAGCGUGUAUAUAGACAUCCAGUGUAUUUUACGUUAGAACCAAAAAAGAUCUUGAGAAAUGUUUGAUGCUGUUUUCUUUUGUUUUCACGAUUUUCUGACCAGCCGUGAUGGGCGUCUCACAAUAGUGUACCUCCAAGAGUUCUUAAGGCGUCCUCCAAUCACAAUGCGCGAAAUCUGUCAACCCUUCUCAAAUGCGCAUUGGUUGACAGAUUUCACGCAUUGUAAUUGGCCAAUGUGUUGCAAACUAUUGGAGGCGUACUCUUGUGAAACGCCUGUAUUACACAGUGAAGUAGAGUCGGGGUGAAACACAGCGUUGCUGCUUUGAACCUUAUUAUCAUUUAUUGCAUGGAUGGCAAACAAGGCAGUUUACAUAUGCACACUUUAAACAUUUUGUAAAGCACGUUGAAAUGUUUCAGCAUUUUGUCCUUAGAUUAUGUAUGCAGUUGGUGGUUUGAAGAUACAGUCUAAAGAACAAAAAUCUAAUUUUUUGGUGUUUGAAUGUGCGAUUAAAUUCCCCACUUUGUAUGACAUCACCUUGAGGUACACGUUCCAAAAAGUGAUAACCUUGAUGCUUUUUUAUUUAAGAAUAUGAAAUGCAGUUUAUUGUUAUGGCUGUCAGUUCCCAUGUUAACCCAAGUCCUGCUCAUUUUGUUGUCGGAAAGUUCCUUAAUCUUCCAAACCCACAACUGUCAAGUAAACCAGAUGGCAUACCUCCUCAGUAUGAGAUUUUGCUCUACUCCUACUUUGAAAGGAAGGACCCGAAAAUUUAAAUGAAAAUUACUGCUAGAUUGGAUUGAAAAGCACAGCAAAAUGAGAGAUAAUGAAUGGUUAGUUUGGUUGAGUGCAUUUCAUUCGAAACAGUCUUCUCCGUGGGGUUUUAGUAAGGUAGAGGGAAUUGUCAGUUUUGAGACAGAAGCAAGUAAUUCGGUCGUUCCCAUCAGUCACAAGUCAGUCCACAGGUUAGACCAUGGGACCAUGGGUUAGAUCCCAAGUCAAUCGUAAAUCUGACCGACCACAAGUCAGUUCCGAGACACAUCUCGAGUUAAAUUACAGGUUAGAUCACAAAUCAGCUCACAAGUCAACCACAAGUCGGAUUGCCAUUUCGUCAAUUCAGAUCACAGCUUAAAUCAGAAGUCAUAUUGCAAGUCAUCUCACGAAUCACUCAAGUUGGACUACAAGUCAACUUCCAUCACACUUUCAAAUUUCACUUUCACUUGUUGAAAUACAAGUUGAAUCAAACAGGUCUUGUAAACAAGUGAAAUCCGUGACAUCCCAAGUCAAAAUUGCAGGUCAGGUGACAAGGUAAAUGUCUACUCGUACCAAAAGUCAAAUCGGUUGCCAAGUCAAAAGUUGGUUUACGGCCAACACUGGAUCAACUGUACCCCAGGAUAGCAAGCAGUAGCUUAAUUGUAGUUCAUUUUUCUCUAGCCUGUAAUGGCUGGAUUACGAUACUAACUUCUUUGUAGUUGAACGGAGGCGGAAUAUCUAUGUUAAGAGAUGGGAGAAAAGUUUCUGCGUGGCAAAUUGUGUAGUCUUAUUAUUUCCUAGAAGCCCCCCCCCACCUACUAGCUCCAAAUGGUCUCAAAUCUAUUUUUACUUCUUUUAUUCGAUAAGCAACGCACAUGAACAAACAAGUUUAUCUAGUGGACCAAAAAUAACUAAUUCAUCAUUGAAACGACAGAAGUAGAACAUAGUUCUGAAAAACCGGAAGGCUUCUGGUUUCAUGUAGGUUUACUUUACUACGUGAAUAAUGCCUUGAGAACAAUCGGUUGUCUAAAUAUUGGUGCAGACUUUUUAAGCAAACCUUUCAAUGUACAAAGAUUUUUUUCCUUACCUGGGGCCUCAUUGGAAACAGAAGUCCACAAAUAUGGGAGCUGGUUUUACAUUUUUUUUAUCAAGUAAGUUCUCGCUUAGCCCACUUGCUCAAGAGAAGAGUAAAUAUUCUUGUCGUAAAACCAAACAAAACAAAUGGCGGUCCCCGGUGACUACCAGCACGUGCUUUCAGUUUCGUUGUUAUGUUGACCAAACUGAAACAUGUAAGGUUUUACCUCAAGCUUUUCGUUUUAUAUUUUUACUCCCAAUAUUUCCUACUUUUGUGCACUGAAACUUUAAUCAAGCAAUACGUGUGCGGCGACUUGCUGGAAAGUAAGUAGAAAAUUAUUGCUCGAUAGCUUUACCAUUCGCCUGUUUUACUCCAAACGCAAACAACGAUUUUAUUGAAAUCAUCUGAUGUAUUUUUUCUCUGUAUUUGAAGAGGGUUAACAUUUUCCAUUGCAUUUUCUAAGAUUGUAAAGCAAAAGGAAAAUCAUGUAUGUUAAAAAUGGUGCAGUAUCUGAAAUAAGAUAAUCAUGGUCAGAAGUUCAAUUUUAAUUAUUUUAAAUUUAUUUACAGCAAUAUCACCGUCGUGUUGUAAUUAAAGAACAGUUAACAAAUUUAGUAAAUGAGGGUUGUAUGUGCAUUGAGCUUGGCCGUAACAUUUUGUGUUAAUUCUGUUUACGUACACAGUUUCAAGCUCUCUCGGCAAGUGAAAAUAAUGCAACCACAUUUUGUUCCCAGAUUUCUAAACGUUUAUACUUGUAAGAGUCUUGACAAGUUUUGCUCGUUCUGGAAUAAUAAAAGUUGUAUUUAUGAGACAAAA